AUGAUUAUUGAUGAUAAUCCCAAUGAUAGUGCCGGUGAAGCAAAUAAGAUUCAAAGGGAAAUGCUUACUUUUCAGUUUGUGUUUCACCUAUUCUUAAUGAAGGCUAUAUUGGGACUCACAAAUGAUGUGUCACAAGCAUUGCAAAAGAAAGAUCAAGAAAUUGUGAAUGCAAUGGCUUUGGUGAAAUCAUGCAAGAAAAAGCUACAUUGGAUGAGGAAUAAUGGGUUUGAUGCAUUGGUUGAAGAGGUGUCUUCAUUUUGUGACAAACAUCAUAUUGAUGUUCCUAACAUGGAUGAGGCCUUCGUACUUCCAAGGAGGUCAAGGCACAAUGCUCCAAUAAAGACAAAUCGUCAUCAUUAUCGUGUGGAGCUCUUUAUUUAUGUCAUUGAUGAGCAACUCACGGAAUUAGAUGAUCAUUUUAAUGAGGUAAAUACUGAGUUGCUUAUUUGUUUGGCAUGUUUGAGUCCGAAUGAUUCAUUUGUAGCUUUUGAUAAACAAAAGCUACUUCUUCUUGCUCAAUUUUAUCCUCAAGACUUUUCGGAUGGGGAUCUUUUGGCAUCUGAUGAUCAACUUGAGCUUUAUAUUCAUUAUGUGAGUUCGAGUAGUGAUUUCUCUGACUUGCAAGGGAUUGGUGAUCUUGCAAAAAAAAUAGUGGAGACAAGGAUGCAUCGAGCAUUCAAUUAUGUGUAUUUGCUUAUUACAUUGGCUCUAGUUUUACCGGUUGCUACUGCUUCAGUCGAAAGGGCAUUCUCCGUCAUGAAUAUUAUCAAAGGUCCACUUCGGAACAAAAUAGGAGAUCAAUGGUUGAGUGAUAGCUUGCUUGUUUAUGUUGAGAAGGAUGUUUUUGAUUGUAUUGAAAAUGAAGCUAUAAAUCUACGUUUUCAAAAUAUGAAACCUCGUCGUGGUCAAUUGUAA